UCAUUCCAGUUGAAUCGAGAUCGCGGGAUCGAUGGAGGAGUACCCGGAGGAGCUGAGGACGCCGCCGGUGAGUCUGGUGGCUCUGGUAGGAUGCUCGGAGGUUCAUGCCUCCGUCGCUAAGCACCUCCAUUCCCAGCAGCCUCCCAUCAAUCCUCUCGCCUUCCCCGACAUCUCCCACUUCUCUCUCCUCUUCUCCCCUCAGCAUCAGACUCACCGAUCCUCUUCUCUCCGAGAUCCUCUCUCCCUCCCCGACUCCUCUUCUCAGACUUCCAGCGGCGGCGGCGGCAUCUUGAAACGUGAUUGGUUGCUCAAGCAUCGCACCAAGGUCCCUUCUCUCAUCGCCGCCUUCUUUCCCUCUCAUCACAUCUCCGGCGAUCCCACUCAGUGGCUUCAGGUCUGCUCCGAUCUCGACGUCCUCAAAUCCGUAAUUCGUCCGAAGAACAUCAAAUUGGUGCUCGUGGUGGUCCAGUCUUCUACCCAUGAGGAAAUGAGCGAAGAUCGUCUAACGGCACUGCGCAAGCGUGCUGAAUUAGACUCUAAGUACGUGCUUUUCUUCGAUCCCAACGUGGACUCUGAACUCAAGCUCUCUCUCUCCAGGAUGGCGUCAACAUUUGCAGAGUUAUCCCUUACCUAUUACAGGGAAGAGGGACGAAGAAUCAAAACUCGAAUUGAGAAAAAGAACUUCAAUUCCAUUGACUUGAAUGUUCGAUACUGCUUCAAAGUCGCUGUAUUUGCAGAGUUUCGUCGAGAAUGGGCUGAAGCCUUGAAGUUUUAUGAAGAUGCUUACACCACCUUGCGUGAUAUGAUUGGUACAUCGACAAGGUUGCCUGCAAUUCAACGCUUGGUCGAGAUUAAAACUCUAGCAGAGCAAUUGCAUUUCAAGAUAUCCACACUUUUAUUACACAGUGGAAAGUUCGUAGAGGCUGUGACAUGGUUUCAUCAGCAUAAAGCGUCAUAUGAGAAGGUUGUUGGAUCUCCAGAAGUCAUUUUUCUCCACUGGGAUUGGAUGAGCCGGCAGUUUCUUGUUUUUGCUGAGUUGCUGGAGACAAGUUCAACAGCUGUUCAAAGCACUUCAUCCUUAAACCAAGGAACAGCUGAAAGACUUUUGACUGAGUUUGAGUUUUAUCCUGCAUAUUACUAUCGGUUAGCUGCUCAUUACCUCAAGGAGAAGAGAUCUGCUCUGGAACUUGUGCUGUCAAUGUCGGAAGCUGCUGAAGAGAAUGAUAGCAACUCUGAGUCUGUUGCACCAUCACUCUAUGUGGGUCAGUUUGCUCAGUUACUUGAGAAGGGAGAAGCUCUUACAUUUCACCCUAUCACAGAUAGAGACUACACGCGGUUUGCAAUUUCUGAAGCAAAGAGAUUUCAGGAUUCCUUUGAAAUUAUUGCUUGGCUGAAAAAAUCUUAUGAAUCAUUUUCCAACCUUAAGGUCCAGAGGAUGGCUGCUCUUUGUGGAUUUGAAGUAGCUCGGGAGUACUUUGGUUUGGCUGAUUACAUCAACGCAAAGGAGUUUUUUGAUAUUACAGCAAGCUUGUACAGACAAGAAGGCUGGGUAACUUUACUUUGGGAUGUGUUAGGAUAUCUGCGAGAGUGUUCGAGAAACCUUGGUGCUUUGAAAGAUUUUGUAGAAGUUUCCCUUGAAAUGGCUGCUCUACCUGUAACAUCUGCCACUAGCCUCCCGUCUUCUGCGUACAAAGAAUAUGGUCCUGGCGGGCCUGCCAAUGAUUCAGGAAGAGAAAGUAUACAUCGAGAAAUUUUUACUCUAGUGUGUGGUGGAACGGAGCUGUCACCUGAGGGAGAAAGUAAUCUCAAAGUAACCAGUGAUAGUCCCCUUCGUCUUGAGAUUGAUGUCAUCAGUCCCCUAAGACCCGUGCUCUUAUCUUCUGUUGCUUUUCACGAGCAGAUAAUCAAGCCUCACGCUUCAUGCUUUAUUACUUUGUCACUGCUGUCUCAUCUACCAGUUCCCGUUGACAUAGAUCAGCUGGAGGUCUAUUUCAAUCAAUCAGAGUGCAAUUUUAUAAUUAGGAAUGCCCAGAGGCCUUUACUGGAUUCUGUAUCUGAUGGUGAAUCUAGUGGUCGCCGAGUAGAGAGUGAGCCAUCACUGGUGCUUGUGCCAAGCAAAUGGUCACGCUUAACAUAUGAAAUUAAGCCUGAUCAAAGCGGCAAGCUUGAAUGUCUAUCCGUUCUUGCAAAAUUAGGACCCCACUUCACGAUCUGUUCGAGAGCUGAAAGCCCUGCAUCAAUGGGGGAUUUACCUAUCUGGAAGCAUGAGAAUCGUUUUGAAACUCUUCCAACAAAGGACCCGAUUCUUGCAUUAUUUGGGCAGAAAGCUACCCAAGUCGAAGAACCUGAACCGUUGGUGGAUGUCACUCUAGGCGCUUCUGGCCCUGCAUUAGUUGGUGAGGAUUUCACAAUGCCUAUCAUGAUAACUUCAAAGGGCCACUCUGUAUAUAACGGUGAACUCAAGAUUAACCUAGUGGAUGUGAAAGGUGGUGGUUUGUUUAGCCCCAGAGAAGCAGAACCAUUCUCUUUAGAAAGUCAUCAUGUGGAGCUCUGUGGUAUUACCGGGGCAGAGGGCAGCAAGGAUUCUCAGUCUGAGGCAGAUAAAAUAAAGAAAAUUCAGCAAUCUUUCGGGUUGGUUUCUGUUCCAGAUCUAAAGGAAGAGGAGUCAUGGUCUUGCAAACUAGAAAUCAAAUGGCACAGACCCAAACCUGUCAUGCUUUUUGUGUCGUUAGGUUACUCGCCACAUGGCACUAGUGAAGUCAAUGCCCAAAAGGUUCACAUUCAUAAGAGCUUGCAGAUUGAAGGGAAGACUCCGCUUUUGAUUAGCAAUCGGUUUAUGUUGCCAUUCAGGAGGGACCACUUACUGCUAAGUAUGAUCAAACCGGUUCCUGAUUCUGAAGACAUACAAUCUCUCCCCUUAAAUGAAAAAACUGUGUUAGUAGUCAAUGCCAAAAAUUGCACAGAGAUUCCACUAAAGCUGGUGUCUAUGUCCAUCGAAGGUGAUGACGAGGUUGGAGGAACUUCAUGUAUGAUUUUGCAUGCGGAUGGAGAUGGAGACCUCUCAGACUGUGCAGAUCUUAUACCGGGAGAAGAGUUCAAAAAGGUUUUCAUCGUGAUUCCGAAGGUGAAAACCCCGAAGCUCGGUCUUGGAACAGUGAAUCUAAAAUGGACAAGAAGGCAGCAAGGGAACAACAUCAGAGAGGAAUGGGUUUCUACUACAAAACACAAACUCCCUGAUGUAAACGUGGAGGCAUCGCCAUUGGUUGUGAGUUUGGACUGUCCUCCUUAUGCAAUUCUUGGAGAGCCUUUCACGUACGCAAUCAGAAUCCGAAACCAGACACAGUUGCUGCAAGAAGUGAAGUUUACUCUGACGGAUGCGCAGAGUUUUGUCUUGUCCGGUUCUCAUAGCGGCACGGUCUCGAUUCUUCCAAAGUUAGAGCACAUCUUAAGUUACAAAAUAGUACCGCUUUCGUUGGGACGGCAGCAGCUGCCGACUAUUACUGUGUCAUUUGUGCGAUUUUUCGCCGAGUUUCAGCCGUCUGCCGUGGCUUCUAGCGUCUGUGUUUUACCUUCAAGGCCUCAAGCCAAGUCUGCUGCCGAGUGAUAUCAUCAUCGGACAGAUUUUUUGUUGUUCUUUUUCAUGGUUUUGACGAGUUAGGUUCUUAAGAAGAGCAGACGGCAAUUGAGUUAAUGUGAUGUUAAUGCAACGAUGUCCAUCCACCUUACCCGCAUUUUUUUUUAACUCUUGAGAUGUCAGACGAGAUUUCUAUUUGUAAACUAUUUUUUUUUUUUUUU